AUGACUUCCGAUGCUGAGUCCACCCACGACCAAACCGUCAUGGAUCUGACGGCAACUCAAUGUACGAUUUGUGGACUAUCUACGAGCGACGAGGUGAUGGUCUGCUGUGACGGAUGUUCUAAAUGGUUCCAUACAUGUUGCGUGGACAUCGAUGAGGACAAUCUGCCGAAGAAGUGGUACUGCCAAAGCAAGGCCUGCCAGAAGAAGGCCCAGGAGUACCGGCAGAAGCAGAAGGACGCCAAGAAGCAGCCUCGCACCCGGAAAAACGGCAACGAGUCGGAGAUAUCCAGCGUCAGCUCUCGUCUAGCUGCGUCUAGCGUGGAAGCAAAAGGCCGAGCGUUAGAAGAGAAGCAGAAGCAGCAGUAUGAAGAGCUGGAGGUGGAGAUGCUGCUGCGGAAGAAAGAAAUGGCGAUGCAGCGUGCGUUCGAGCAGCGAAAAAUGGAAUUGGAGCUGCAGAUGCGCGCUGAGGAACAAGAGGAGCAAAGAGCAUGGCAAGCGGAGAUGCUCCAAAAGAAGAAGGAGCAGCUUCAGCGGCUGAAGGCGAACAGGGAGUCGUCCUUCGAGAUGCAAAUGGCGGCCAUGGAUGAGGAGCUAGCUGAACUUUCGGGUCGAAAGUUGAAGCCGGCGCCGAAAGUAGUCACGGAUGUUUCGCGAGCGAUUCCUUCCGGCAAAAUCAACCCAAACGUGUUGAAGCUGAGCAAGGAGAAGGAGAGAAAACAAACGCGAGGCUACGGCAGCACCGACGAAGAAGACGAGGACGAGUAUUCUGACGAUUCGGAUCUGCAGAGUCAGAGUUCGGUCUCGUCGAUGGAGCGCAAGACAAAACGGAAGAUGCGCAAUAAAGUGGGAAGUCUCAGCCAAAACGGGCUGGGGCAGCAGCAGACCGGACCGACGAAGGCACAGCUGGCUGCGAGGAUGGGGUUAACCUACAAACUCCCAAAAUUCUCCGGCAAACCAGCACAGUGGCCAUUGUUCUACGCGGCCUACAAAGUGUCCAACGAUGUCUGCGGCUACAUGAACCACGAGAACUUGAUGCGACUUCAGGAAGCUCUGGAAGGCGACGCUCUCGAGCUGGUGUCCGGGCAGUUGCUUCUUCCCGAAUCCAUCCCGCAAGUAAUCGAGAAGCUGCGCCGGCACUUCGGCCGCCCGGAACAACUGCUUCAAUGCCUGCUGGACAAGGUGAACCGGCUGGAACCCCCGAGGCCAGACAAUCUGAGGAGUUUUGUUCCAUUCGGAAACACGGUGGAGCAACUCUGCGGCCAUCUAGAGGCAGCGGAUCUACGGCAACACCUCGUCAACCCGCUGCUGAUAAAGUCGCUGGUCGCCAAGCUGCCGGAUCGGGAAAAGCGUGAGUGGGUCCAUUACCGGCGAGGUCGAGGGGAAACAACGUUGCGGACGCUGACGGAUUUCCUGAUGGACAUCGUGGCAGACGCCUGCGAAGCUAACGUUGACGUGGACUUCGUGGAGUUCAAUUCACCGCCGCCGUCCGAAGCAGAUUCCCAAUCCGAACAGGAGGGUUCGGAUGAGGCUGGACCCAACCCGCUCAUGCAUCCGGUCGAAAAUACGGUCGGGCUGAGUGCACACAUCCGGACAAACUGCACGGUAUUGUUCCGGAUCGUUCCGGUGCAGCUGCACUACGGUGGAAAAACGGUGUCAGUGCUGGCGUUCCUGGACGAAGGUGCUUCCGUCACGCUGGUGGAGAAAAAGCUCGCCGACCGUCUGGGCGCGGUCGGAGUACAAGAGCGAUUGACCAUCCAGUGGACGGGAAACACGUCGAGAGAGGAGGAUUCCCGAAGAAUGAGUCUUUGGGCGUCGGGAACAGGCGCUGCAGCCGGCGGCAAAAUGCUGUUACACACAGUGCACACGGUAGACAAGUUGAUGCUGCCACAUCAAGAGUUGGAUUUGGAGGAGCUUGCAGCACAGUACGAGCACAUGCGAGGGCUGCCCAUCGAAUCGUACGACGGACAGCCGCAGUUGCUGAUAGGGGUAAACAACAUCCACGCGUUUGCGCCGAUAGAAGCAAAGGUGGGUACGCCCGUGGAACCGAUUGCGGUUCGAACCAAACUUGGAUGGACGGUGUAUGGGCCGCGACAGGAAACCUCGGCGACGGCUGACAAAUAUCUCGGUUACCACCGGCAGAUAACAAACGUGGGUCUGCCGCCCGAGCUACUCAAGAGCCACUAUGCGUUGGAAGAAUCGGUGAUGGCAAUUCCGUGGGGAGCCGUAGCGAAGAAACAGGCCCGGGAAAUACGAGAGCAAACCACCCAACUCGUCGGCGAUCGUUGCGAAACCAGAUUGCUGUCGAAGGACCGAGGGCAAGAAGUUACCACGUUUCCUCAUCCGGACAGACCCGGAAAAACCACCACGAACAGGGCGGUGCUGGUUCUGAAGGCAGAAGGACAGGUCCAUCAACAAAAAAGGCGGGUUCGAAAUUCGAAACGGCAACUCGCUGGAAACCCUACGGAGCCUAGAAGAGGCGAAGCCGGCGACACCGGAGCAUUUGAACCGUGGUAUCUUGCAGAUGAUGGAGAGAGUUCUGGGAGCGAUGUGGGGUUCAAGUGGGGACCAGCGUUUUCGACGAGGCACCGCGGCGAAUUGUUGCCGCACCUGUACGAGGAAAAGCGGCUGACGAGAAGACUCGUCGCGAAUGGAGCAGGACCGGAUGAAGUCAAUAUCGAUCGCCGUAAGAAGAGUUGGGCGAUGCGUGCGCUCGAUGAGGGGCGCAAGUUGUCGGACGAGAUCUGUUGCCAGGAAGUGGAAACGGCUGGCAUGAUCGAAACCGAAGCACUGACGUCGGAAUACCUUCCGAUGGUCAACCAGCGGUCGAAAUGGUUCGACGAUCAGCAACCGCUUCAAGAGGGCGAUUCUGUGUUCAAGGUCGACGGGAAACCCCGAAGGUCUUGGAAAAGAGGCGUCAUCGAGGGUGAUCGAGGGCUCAGAUGGGCGAGUCUGACAAACCUGCGGACGGCAGAUGGUAAGGUGUAGAGACGAGAUGUGAUGAACCAUGCGGCGCUAGAGGUAAGGUAAAUCCGGAAAUGUCGGAUGUUACGGGCUGGGGUCCGCAACAUAACUACAGCAUGACAGUUCUCGCGCGCUAGUAGUGGUAGGUGAAAUGAGGGACAUGAGAUGCGUGAUAUGGUAGGGGAAAGCAAUAACAAUAACAGAAUUUCGCCAUCGUUAAGAGUAGCCAAGAAAGCAGUUCUGCAAGUGUUUUGGUAAUUCACACAAAAUUAGUUUAAUUAACUUGUGGGUGUUCGAGUAGAAGUUUAGAGUGCGGUGUGAAUUAAUAGAAAAUCCGUAAGUUACAACCUGAAAAGAAAGGUAAAUGGUUAGCUGAACGAUUUCAAAUACUUACCUGCAUAUUUCCCCGUAGCUGAGCAAAUACCGGUACCGGGUAGUCCUGAAACAGGGAAAGCUACCAAAGAAACAUAUCGUGCCAGUGGAGUGUAAUGUAAGUAGACACAAAAAGAAGGAAUUGGUCUAGAUUCGAAUAGUAAUCAUGAACAUUUGUGUCCCAAAAAUAGCACCCGCGCAAAAGCUACCGAUUUAGGGUAACUGCACCCGUAUUAAACCACCCUUGAUUUGAAAGUUUAAAAAUAAGUUGUGGCAGAGGAAACCACUUAAUUGUAAGUGAUUAGUAAUUAAGUUUGUGUUGUUAAUUGUGCUAAUUGAUUUUUUUGUUAAUAAAUUUCACAGUUUAAGCGUUGCUUCAAAAAACCUGAGCUGCUAUAAAAAUCUGGUUUCCCUCUCGGG